AUGUAUACAUCUAAAGCUACUAAUGUUGCACAAACUACACCAUUAACAUGUCAACCUGGACCAUUCAAUGUCGACUUUCCAGCAGAGAGUGUGACAUUAUCUGGCAUAACCAAUCCUGUGAAGGAAGAUGAAACUAACAUACUAACUUGUACCACAUCAACCAGUAAUCCAGCAUCUGAGAUAUCAUGGUUAAAAGAUAACAAUGUAUGGACUGCUAAUACAUAUGAAUCUAUUACAUCUGAUGUUACAAUAGAUGGAGAUUAUAAUGGUAAAAUAAGUGAACAACAGAUAUCAAUAUUCAUACAAGCAGAACAUAACAUCCCCAGUUACAUAAUACUGGAUCAUUUAAAUGUCGACUUGAAGACAUUUCUUCAAUCGCAGUACACAUAUGAAGCCAUGGAAGCUCCGAAUAAAGAACUGAUUUUAUUCAUAUUGAGUAUCGCCAAUGGAAUGGAACAUCUGUCUAGCUUAAAGAUAAUGCAUCGAUAUUUGACUGCUGGACAUGUGCUGAUUAGUGAUGACAAGAAGUGUAAAAUUUCUAAUUUUGGUUAUGCUAGUGACGUAAUAGAUGAUGCACGGUUUUUUGAGAAAACAAAGGGUAAUUUUCCGUAUCAAUGGAUGUCAGUUGAAACGCUGUUAAACAGACGAUUUACUCCCAAGAGUGAUGUAUGGUCAUUUGGUAUUGUAACAUGGGAAAUUAUAACUCAAGGAUCAACCCCUCAUCAGGAUACAACAGAAGAAGGUGUGAGAGUGAUGGUAACUAAUGGAAAAUUAUUACCACAUCCAACUCAUUGUCGCGCUGCUUUGUAUCAACUGAUGAAAUCGUGUUGGAAUCGUCAUCCUCAAGAUCGGCCGACAUUCACCAAAUUGGUAAAGACAAUUAGGUCACUGCUGAACGAUAGCAAGGAACCAGAUGACUCGUUCAAUAUUAAUAUGUCUCCAUAUGCAAAUAUAUGA